UUUGAAAGUUGUCAAUGGAUUAGUUAAAGAGCUUGAAACCCUAAAUUACAAAAUACUAAUUUUCAGCUUCGACAAUGCGAGGUGCUCAAGCAGAAGAGUCUCCUCAGCAGCAAAAGCUCUGUGGCUACUGCACGAUAAUUCUCGCUGUGAAUUCACCUCAACAGAAUCAAUAUAACGACCUCUCGAAGAACCUACCUUUUGGCACUCGUUGUUACCUCUUUGGAGUUGGGUCUAAUGUUGGUUUUCAAUCCGAAGAUGGUACAAAAUUGUCUCUGAUUGAAUGUAGUGGCAAUUCGGCUUCUGAAAUUGGAGCAAAAGAGAAUUUUUCAGAGGUUAAUUCCUUGUCUUCGACAAGCAAAGAUAAGGUUAAUCAGAGAAAAUAUGGUACUUCAAGGAAGAAGAGCCGAGCAAUUGGUCUUGUUAAUGGUAGCAUGAGCGUAGUCCACCAGCUUCAUACUUUGACAGUGCACAAGCUCUUGGAGAUUGUUGCUCGGGUAGUUUGGAUUUCAGUUCACGAUAGCAAUGCUGCGAGGGCUGUGCUACUGGUCGAUGUGUAUUUGCCGGUCGCAGUAUGGUCCGGUUGGCAAUUCCCCAAAUCAGGGUCGACGGCCGCUGCUCUGUUUAGGCAUUUGAGUUGUGACUGGGAGAAGAGGAACUUGAUGCUCAGUGGUGGCAGAAACCAUUUUAUAUAUACUAAGAGAGAUGAUGAGGGCGUUUGGAGUGACUCAGAUUGUCAUGUUCUUGGAUGUAAACUGCACCAGAAUGUAACUGGAGCUUCCAAGAAGAAGCUGUUUGAGCUCCAUGAAAUUUUCAAGAGUUUACCCGGUGUUUCAAGGGAGGGAAAAGUUUAUUCUACAAGAAUCAAACCUGCAUUUGAUUCUCUUAGUUCAGGCAUAUAUGAGGUUUCAGAUGAUGUACUUAUUAGUAUUCUGAUUCUGCUUGGCCCCAUGGAUCUAGUCAGAGUAGCAGCCACUUGUCACCAUCUAAGAUCCUUGGCAUUAUCAAUCAUGCCAUGCUUGAAGCUUAAGCUUUUCCCUCAUCAGCAAGCUGCAGUUAAGUGGAUGUUACAGCGUGAGCGCAAUGCUGGAGUCUUGGCGCAUCCUCUAUAUGUAGAUUUCUCAACUGAGGAUGGGUUCCAUUUUUAUAUAAAUGCUGUUUCUGGUGAGAUAGUCGCUGGAAUCACUCCCACCAUCAGAGAUUUCCGUGGUGGUAUGUUUUGUGAUGAGCCAGGCUUAGGUAAGACCAUAACUGCACUCUCUCUUAUUCUGAAGACUCAAGGAACAUUAGCAGACCCUCCAGGAGGAGCUGAAGUGACAUGGUGUAAGCAUAAUCCUGAGCAAACUUGUGGCUAUUAUGAACUGAGUUCUCGUAAUUUCUCUUCUAGGAAUUUGAUGUUGUCAUGGAAAGGGUUCAUGAGUCAAAAUGGGCAAAGGGGACCGAUGUGUCCAGGUAUGACUCCAAUUCAGAGCUCAACACCCUCCUUAUCAAAGAGAGCAAGAUCAGUAGUUUCGGAUGAGCUUUGUUUGAGGACUGCUGAUUCCUGUCCUAGCAAAGUAGGAACUACAUCUUCCACAACUACAUUCUCUUCUCCUGCAACACGUGUCUUCCGGUGCACUAGGAGCUUGAGUCAUGCUAAGAGAAAUCUCCGUACUGCAUAUGAAAGGGCUUCAGGCUCUGCAAAAGAAAGCAGGGUCAGAAAAAAUGCGAAUAAAAGAAAACGUAGUCCAGAUACCCCAACACAUUUAUUUCGGAACAAGCAAGAUUGUGUGUCAUUGAGAUUAUCCAAUGGUUGCAAGAAGCCUCGCAAGGGUGGUGUUGAUCAAUCUGAAUAUAAUGAGACUUGGGUUCAAUGUGAUUCUUGUCACAAGUGGCGGAAGCUUUCUGAUACUAGUGUGCCAAAUGCUACUAAAUCAUGGUUUUGUAGCAUGAAUUCUGACUCUUUCCACCAGACUUGUGCCAGUCCUGAGGAAUCUUGGGACUACAGCAAGCCCAUAACAUACUUACCAGGUUUUCACAGGAAAGGAACCCGGGGUGGGAAGGAGCAGAAUGUGGCAUUUUUCACAAGCGUGCUUAAGGAGCACUAUACAUCAAUAAACCCUACAACAGUGAAGGCUUUAACUUGGUUGGCUAAACUUUCUGAGAACAAACUCUUAGAAAUGGAAACAGUUGGUUUGACACGUCCAGUUUUAGACCCUCGCAUCACUUACAGAGGUGGUGCAGAUGGAUACGAUAAAAUUUUUAAAGCAUUUGGUCUCAUUGUGAGAGUUGAGAAGGGUACCAGCAGAUUGUAUUACCCACACCAACUUGACAAAUUGGCUUUUGAUUCAGUUGCAUUACGAAUUGCUCUCACAAAGCCUUUAGACUUAGUAAGGCUAUAUUUGUCAAGAGCAACACUAGUUGUUGUCCCAGCAAAUUUAGUUGAUCACUGGAAGACUCAGAUCCGAAAGCAUGUCAAACCUGGGCAGCUGCGUGUUUAUGUCUGGACUGAUCAAAAGCCCUGUGCACACAAUCUGGCAUGGGACUAUGAUGUUGUAAUAACCACCUUUAAUCGUUUAAGUACAGAAUGGGGCCUGCGUAAAAAGAGUGUAUUGAUGCAGGUGCAUUGGCUUAGAAUAAUGUUGGAUGAAGGACACACUCUUGGUUCAAGUCUUAGCUUAACAAACAAAUUGCAAAUGGCCAUUUCAUUGACAGCUUCCAAUCGGUGGUUAUUAACUGGAACACCAACUCCAAACACUCCCAACAGUCAAGUAUCUCAUCUUCAACCCAUGCUUAAGUUCCUUCAUGAGGAAGCUUAUGGGCAAAAUCAGAAGUCAUGGGAGGCAGGCAUUCUUAGGCCAUUUGAGGCAGAGAUGGUGGAAGGCCGAUCACGUCUGUUGCAGCUACUUCAUAGGUGCAUGAUCAGUUCUAGAAAGGCAGAUUUACAAACUAUACCUCCUUGCAUUAGGAAAGUAACAUUUCUUGAUUUUACUGAAGAACAUGCAAGAAGUUACAAUGAAUUGGUGGUUACUGUUCGGCGCAAUAUUUUAAUGGCCGACUGGAAUGAUCCUUCGCAUGUUGAGAGCCUUCUGAACCCAAAACAGUGGAAGUUCCGAAGCACCACAAUUAGAAAUGUUAGGCUAUCAUGCUGUGUGGCCGGACAUAUUAAAGUAACUGAUGCUGGAGAGGAUAUUCAGGAAACAAUGGAUAUUUUAGUGGAACAAGGUCUAGGUCCUACAUCAGAAGAGUAUGUUUUGAUAAGACAUUAUCUCCUGAAUGGUGGUAACUGUUUGAGGUGCAAAGAAUGGUGUCGUUUACCUGUCAUUACUCCAUGUAGGCAUCUUUUGUGCCUUGAUUGUAUUUCUCUGGACAGUGAAAGGUGUACUUUUCUUGGUUGUGGGAAUUAUUAUGAGAUGCAGUCUCCUGAAAUACUAACCCGUCCAGAAAAUCCCAACCCGAAAUGGCCUGUUCCCAAAGAUCUUAUUGAAUUACAGCCUUCAUAUAAACAGGAUGAUUGGGCUGCUGAUUGGCAUGCAACAUCGAGUAGCAAAGUUGCUCAUCUUGUGGAAAGGUUGAAAGAUCUGAAGGAGGCUAAUACAAAGAUGGUCUGCUCUUUGGAUGACAAUGAGGUUGUGAAGCCCUCUGAUGAUCAUCUUUUUCUUUCUCAGAAAAGAUAUCGGAAUGAGUUACUACACCAUGAGGCCUGCACCCAGCCAGAUGUGAAGUCUUAUAAGACACCUCUUGAGAAAGUGAUAAUAUUUUCACAGUUUCUUGAGCAUAUACAUGUCAUUGAACAACAGUUAACAGUUGCUGGUAUCAAAUUUGUCGGAAUGUAUAGUCCAAUGCAUUCCACCAACAAGAUGAAAGCAUUAGCGAUCUUCCAGGAGGAUACAAAUUGCAUGGCUUUAGUGAUGGAUGGAAGUGCAGCGCUGGGUCUUGAUUUAAGCUUUGUCACUCAUGUAUUUUUAAUGGAGCCUAUCUGGGACAGAAGUAUGGAGGAACAGGUCAUUAGUCGAGCUCAUCGAAUGGGUGCAACUCGUCCUAUUCAUGUGGAAACCUUGGCCAUGCGUGGUACCAUCGAAGAGCAAAUGUUGAAUUUCUUACAGGAUGCUGACGAGUGUAGAAGAACCUUUAGUGAAGAGUUUGGGAGAAAUGACCGUGAAGGGGCACGGGCACAUCGUACAUUGCAUGAUUUUGCUGAGAGCAAUUAUUUGGCUCAUCUUAGCUUUGUAAGGACUAGUACCAAGUCAUGAAGGAAAAUGAUUUCACUCUUUAUAGUUUCCACUUCUCAAUCUGGUUUCCUACUAAGCCAGCACCUCUUAUAUAUCAAUCUUCUUCAAGAGAUGAACAAAGGUUACCAAUCGUUGCUUCAGCCCUCCGACCUCCCAUAGUUGGUACUUUUU